AUGACUCCUGAGGAACAGGGUCACAACAUUCCUGUUCUUGUUUUUGGGAUAGUUUUGAUCAUUUUCAUUAUCUGUGGGAAUACACUGGUGUGCCUUAGUGUUUACCAGGAAAAAGCUUUAAAGACCACAACAAACUACUUCAUUGUCAGUUUGGCAGUUGCAGAUCUGAUGCUGGCUGUCCUGGUGUUGCCACUGUAUGUGUACUCAGAGUUUCAAGGCGGUGUUUGGUCCUUAAAUAUGACACUUUGCGACGGGCUGAUGACAAUGGAUGUGAUGCUCUGCACAGCUUCUAUAUUCAACCUGUGUGCCAUUAGUGUUGACAGGUUCAUAGCUGUGGCCGUCCCCCUGCACUACAACCGCAAGCACGUGGACAACCGUCAGAUCUUCCUGCUCUCGGCCACCUGGCUGCUGUCCUUCGCCGUGGCCUCUCCCAUCCCGCUGGGGAUCAACAGGAUCCCCGGACGCGACCCCUCCGAGUGCAAGCUGGAGGACGACAACUACGUGCUCUACUCCUCCAUCUGCUCCUUCUUCAUCCCCUGCCCCAUCAUGCUGCUCCUCUACUGCCGCAUGUUCUACGGCCUGCGCAAGUGGGAGGAGGCGCGCAAGGCCAAGCUGCUCAAGAGCAUCCAGGCGUGCCGCAGCCUGCAGCCCUACCAGGCGCCGGCCGCCCUGCGCCCUCCGCCUCCGCGGCUCCCGCGCGUGAUCGAGAAGGACCUGGCCCAGACUCGGGUGGAGGAGGAGAUGGAACCGGGCACGCCGGAGAUCCCGCUGCCCAUCAAGUACCGGAACAGCAUCGUGCAGACUGUGUCUUACCCGGACCUCAGCGGCAGCCCCGUGGUGCGCAAGAAGAAGAAGGGCGCCAAGCUGAACGGCCGGGAGAGGAAGGCCAUGAAGGUGCUCCCCGUCAUUGUGGGUGCCUUUCUCUUUUGCUGGACGCCCUUCUUUGUGGUGCACACGAUGAGGGCCAUGUGCAAGACCUGUGACAUCUCCCCCUAUCUGAUGAGCACCGUCACGUGGUUGGGCUACGUGAACAGCGCUGUCAACCCCAUCAUAUACACCGUCUUCAACACGGAGUUCAGGAAGUUCUUCCGCAAAUUUGUGCUCACUUGUUGGUGA